AUGCUGGGCCAGACAGAGCAACCGCGCUAUGGCAUCCCGGUACUUGGCGAUACUGGUGGCUAUUCUGUCCGCAGUGUCUCUUUGGCUAAUGGGAUUCUGUUCGCGUGGACAGUGACCCUUGCAUGGUUCAUAUCGUCCUCAGUAUGCCAAUACUAUCGGCUUCGCCAUUUCGACGGGCCGUUACUGGCCAAAAUCUCAAACUUGUGGCUCUUUGCAUCUGUGAACAGCGGCAGAUCUUACCUCGAUUUCUGGCAAGUGACUCAAAAGUACGGAACAAUCGCUCGAGUUGGACUCAACGACCUGGUCACCGACGAUCCUGCCUUUGUCAAGCACAUGUGCAAUGUGAAAACGGAAUACCGUCGGUCUACCUGGUACGACGGCAUGCGCUUCAACCCUGCCUCCAACAACUGUUUGUCGACGCGAGACGAAAUCGCACACUCGGCUUUGCGUUCCAAGAUGGCCGCGGGUUACGCCGGUCGCGAUGUCGAUGAUAUCGAGCCGAAAAUCGACAACAACAUUCGCGAGUUCAUGCGCCUGUUAGCUAGUUAUUCUGACACGGAGACGCCUGUCGACCUUGGCCGCAAGGUCCAGUACUUCACCCUCGACGUCAUCUCGGAUCUUGCGUAUGGAGCACCCUUUGGCUUCGUUGAGACAGAUACGGAUGUGUAUGAAUACAUCAAGACGACCGAAAAGAAUCUCCCCAUGGUCAUGGUGGUGACUGUCUUUCCGUGGCUCCUGACGCUACUAAACUCCCCCAUUCUCAAAGGGUUACUUCCGUCCACAAAAGACCGACUUGGGUUUGGCAGGAUAAUGAGUAUUGCGAGUGAGGUAGCAGCAGAGCGGUUCAAGCCGGACGUCAAGGACGAGCGGGACAUGCUGGCAUCCUUCAUCCGGCACGGCCUCACUCAGACGGAAUCCAGGUCUGAGAUUUUACUGCAAAUCGCCGCCGGAUCCGACACGACCGCGUCAGCAAUUCGAUCAACAAUCCUCCAGUUGUGCUCAAACCACGAAAUUCUUCACAAACUUCGCCGAGAAAUUGCAUCUGCCAAUAUCGCUGGCGACAUCAUCAGCGACAGUGAGGCCAAAAGGCUUCCAUACCUCCAAGCCGUGAUCAAAGAGGGUCUUCGUAUCUUCCCCCCAAUCGCAGGCCUCAUGUCAAAGGAGGUGCCCCCACACGGCGAUACCUGGAACGGCGUCUUCAUCCCAGGAGGGACCCGAGUCGGAUACAGCAUCUGGGCCAUCACACGGCGAAAAGACAUCUGGGGAGCGGACGCCCUGGAAUUCCGACCGGAGCGGUGGCUCGAUAAUGCUCCGGAGAAAGUGAAGGAGAUGGAGAGCACGUUGGAUCUCAUCUUCAGCUAUGGCCGAUGGCUCUGCCUGGGCCGCACGAUCGCCCUUAUUGAAUUGAACAAGGUAUUCGUAGAGGUAUGUUUUUCAUUUCCCUUUGUUCGUAAAGACGGGUUUCGCUAA